AUGAUGCCAAUUGCAUUAAAUGAACUUGCAGACACAAAAGAUUCAAGUGGUUAUUACAUUAUUCAUAAAGCUGCUAAAGAUGGAAAUCUCAGACUUGUUCGAUGCUUUGCUGAAUAUAAUUAUAAUAUCGAAAUAAAGAGCAAUGGUGAUUAUCAAUGCACUCCGCUUAUUUUUGCAUCAAGAGAAGAUCGUCUUGGAGUUGUUAAAUAUCUUAUCUCUAUUGGAGCGAAUAAAGAGGCAAAGGAUAAAGAUGGAUGGACUUCACUCAUUUGGGCAUCAAUAAAUGGUCGUCUUGAAGUCGUUAAAUAUCUUAUCUCUGUUGGAGCCAAUAAAGAAGCAAAAGAUAAUGAAGGAAAAACUGUAUUCGACCGUGGAAAUAAUGAUAUAAAAAAUUAUCUAUCUUCUUUAUGA